GUCCUGUGUUCUAUAAGAAAGCAAGCUGAGCAAGGAGGGGAAGCAAGCCAAAUCCUGCAUAAUGCUUUCCAUAGUGACUGUAGCUGUGUGUAGUCCUAUGCAAGAGUGAAUGAGAACCACCCCCCCCAACUACUUCAGCAUCUUUUGUCUGUUGUUUUACUGAUCUUUCAUUCUCACCAAGUUCUCAAGUAUUCACUGCCAUCAUCAUGCCGUUGAAAAAGUGCCAUGGCCAAAUGGGAGGUUUUGCUUUGACCACUGUGGCCUGGCUACUCUGCUGCAUAUCCACAGGCCUCCCUCAGUGGCAAGUGUGGCACUAUGAAGAUCCUGUGGUCCUCAAGCCUACAGUGGCUUUAGUGGGCAUGUGGAGAGCCUGCGUUUUCCACACCGACAGAAACUCCAGCAACACCAGAGUAUGUUACCAAUACAACUACGAUGGCUCCAUUCCUUUGUAUAUUCGAGGAAACCAGCACUUGCUGCUGGUUUCUAGCUUUCUUGGGCUUUUUGGGAAAAUCACUACCAUUAUUGCUCUUUCGAAUGUGCAUAUGGGAAGAGUACGGAGGAAUGCCACCUGCAAUCCUUUCAGACUUUCAGGCAUACUGAACAUCAUUGCUAGCAGCUUUCUUUACCUUGCUGUUUUGUUCAAUUACAUAGCCAUCAUGAGCAAAUGGGGGAUUGCCUUCCCACCAUCUUUCAAUUUGCCUUUCCAGCCAGACACUCGGAAGAUGGGAAGUGCCAUGGCUUUGGCAAUUAUAGCUGCAGUUUUCUUUCUACUAAGUGGCACAAUUUGCCUUUCUUCAAAUUUAAACAUAGACAAGACGCCCCGUUCCAAAAUGUAAAUCGAUACGUUACAUAGCCUUGAAAUGCCAGCAAAGAUAAUGAGUAUUCUUUACAUGUCUACACAAAUUUUCAAAGAACUUGAAAGGAUGCCGAUUGUGGCCUGCGGGAAAAAAAUAAUCCAGUUGACUUUCUCUUAUCUUUUUUUGGCUUCUUUUGUGUUUCCUUAAUGCAUUAUUUGGAUUGUGGGCUUUUAUUAAAUAAAAUAUUAUUUUAUGGGUAGUAUUGAUUUGUGUUCUACUUGCUGUCAAAAAUAGCAUACAAUCAAUAAACCUAAUCCAUAUUC